CAAAAUACACAGUCCAUGGAUGCUACAGAAGCCGGCUGUAUUUAUUGUUGUUUAUUGUAAUAGAUUGGAGCUACAAACCAUUAAUUAAUGUAUUAUUGAAACUCCGGUUUUAAUAUUAAAUUUGUCAAAUAAAUGAAGUACUCAACGAAAAUGACAGAAAUUACUAAUUCAAAGCUGCAUUACAACUCAGUACUAUGCCAAACAUUUUCUCCCGAUGGAAGAUAUUUACUGGCAGGAAACAUUUAUGGAGAUAUUUCAAUAUAUGAUCUUUCAGUAGCACUUGGACCUUGGCAGACAGAAGAUGAAGAAUUGCUUGGACCAACAUAUCAAUUUAGAGCACAUCCUGAUCAACAAGUUCAAAGUAUGCUAACAACUAAUAAUUUUCUAGUCACUGGGACAUGUGGAGAAAUUUCAGGAUGGUGCUGGAAAACAGCAACAUCUUCAAAGUGUACAAAAAUUAAGCCUUCUUGGACAAUACAAAUUCCAUCAAAAAAAGACAGUUUGGAAAAGCCAGAUGUAAAUUGUUUGGUAUACUCUAAAGAAAACCAUCUAAUUUAUGCUGGUUGUGGAGACAACAAAAUUCACAUUAUUAAAAUGGAUAAUGGAAAAGUAGUGCACAGUUUUACUGGUCAUACUAAUUUUAUUCACAGUAUUGCAUUUUUAGGAAAGCAACUUGCUUCUGGAGGAGAAGAUGGAUCAGUUCGCUUAUGGGAUUUGAGAACUAAAGAAAAUACAAAUAUUUUACAACCACAUUUAGACAGUAAAGUUGCUAGACCAAAAAUAGGUAAAUGGAUAGGUGCUGUUGAUUUUACAGAAGAUUGGUUGCUCUGUGGUGGAGGACCAAAAUUGUCACUGUGGAAUACAAGAACAAUGGAAGCAGCAACAAUAUUUGAUCUUCCUGAUGAAGGAAUUCAUGUUGCCGAUAUUUUUGAAGAACGUAUUAUUUCUGGUGGAGCAAUGAAAUAUCUCUAUCAUCUCACCUACCAAGGUGUUCCAUUGGCAAAAGUUCCUAUUUCUAGCAGUACUGCUUUUAGUAUUGCUUAUCAAGAACAACCAUAUAAAGUUCUUAGUAUUGGGGGAUCUAGCAACAAAAUUGACAUUUGUACAAACUUUAACUACAGGGAAAUAGUUUUGAAGUUUGCUUAAUGUGUUUUGAUAAAAUUUUUUAAUAAAAGUUACCUUAC